GCCAAAGGUGAACGGUGUCAACAUGGCGUCCUCAAUGGAGCUGAGUUGCUGGGGCGGUGACUGGGGAUUGCCGUCGGUGCACGCCGAGUGCCUCGUUGUCAUGACUUAUGCCAGGUUUUCAGGCGCACCAUUGAAAAUCAGUGUAAUAGAUAAUGAAUGGAAAGCACAAAGAGGGAAUAUACCAUUAUUAUUAUCAGAUGAUAUUGCUAUUUCUGAGCCAGCAAAAAUAUUAAACUUUUUGAGAAAACAGAAAUAUAAUGCUGAUUACGAAUUGUCUUCAAAGGAAGGAGCUGACACACUGGCCUACAUUGCACUGCUUGAAGAAAAACUACAUCCUGCUAUGCUGUAUACUUUUUGGAUUGAAGCUGAUAAUUACUAUAAUUUGACAAAACCAUGGUUUGCUUCAAGGAUUCCAUUUCCAUUGAGUUGGUACCUACCUAGAAAGAUGUCCAGGGAAGCUCUUAAUAGGAUCUUGCUGACAAAGGGAGGGCCUCCACUCUAUAGCAUCACUGAAGUAGAAGUUCAGAUCUACAGAGAUGCAAAAGAAUGUCUGAAUCUUCUGUCAAAUAGACUAGGCUCAGCUCCAUUUUUCUUUGGAAAUAA